GGAUUCGGGUCUAAUUUUUGGAUCUUUUUUAGAAAUAUUUUGAACCACAAGUUUGGUCCGCAUUUCUCUCUCUUCUUUCAUCGUCUCUCUCUCGGACGACGGCGAUUGCGACUUGCGAGAUAGCAAAACCCUAGCUGAACCGAACGCUUGUGUUGUACGGAACCACCAAAGAAGUUUUCUUUAUCUCUCCCAUUAUUCUUCAUAUCAUUAUUCAGACUUCUCUCGCUCUUCAUUUUCCUGCUACAGUAAGGAGGGAAACUAUGGUUGAAGAUGACUUGGGUUUUGGUGGUUUGGAGAGACAGAAACUCCGAAAAUCUAUGGAGAAAAUCAAAGCUGAUGCUUCCGGAGUAAUAACAUGCGUCCGUCAAUUGAAAGGCUUACUCGACCAUUUUGGCAUGGUUGAAGGCAACAUUGAGAAGAGGUCCCGGGAGCUAGAUCUAAAGGAGAAGGAGCUGCAAAGUUUGAGCUCAGACCUUGAGAAAAAGAUUCAAACUUUUGAAGAAGAAAAGUCCAAAGCUGGUGAUUUGAAGAAACUAGCGGAAGAGUGUACUCAAGAACUGAGGUUGAAGAGGAAUGACCUGACAGUAAAGCUGGAUUCAUUGACCAGGGUUCAGAGUGUGCUUGAGUUAAAGGAUAAACAAUUGGGACAGCUUAUGGCUGAGCUUAAGAGGCGUUGCAAUGAGGCUCGUAGUGUUCAAGAGCGUAAGAAAGAAAUGGAAGCGGAAACAGAAAGAAAGAAGAAAGAGUUGACGCUGAUUGUUAACCAGAUUGAGGAAUCUGGCAAACUGCUUGAGAAGAGGUCUAGGGAAGUAGAGUUGAUGGAGAAAGACAUUGAAGAGAAAGGAAAAGAACUUGAUUUGGUCAAGAGUCAAGUCAACUCAUGGGAAGAGAAACUCCUUCAGCUUAGGACAAAUGAUGAUUGUACAACAGAAGUAAGUCCAAGGAAAGAGCAAGCGGAUUCACCGGACAACACUCCUGUGGAAGUGGAGCUGAAGAAGAAACAGUUGGGACAGACGAAAACGGUGCUUGUGAAGCAUACUGGUGUAGAGGAGGACAACAACAAUCUUGUUUCAGGCUUAACUCCGGGGGUCAAUGUUGUUGUUAUGUCAUCAUCUGAUGUGAAGUCGUCCACCGAUGAGACCAAGCAUCCUCAAGUCUUGUACACAUACCAGAGGAAAGAAGCAAUGAAAGACGCCUGAGGAAACUGAAGAGAGAAGCUUUACACUCAAGAAGGAGAGAUUAUUAAUUAAGUGAGCUUCUGUUUUGGCGGUUAACUCUAGAAAAAAUAGUAAGUACGAGUGAGUAACCCGUAGUUAGAGUGUGAGAAUUGAGAGAACUAAACAAAUUUUGUAUGUAUCUAUGAGGAGGCAAUGGUAUAACUCCUAAUGUUAUGGUCUCUUUCGGUUGUUCUCUAUGGUUCGAACCUUUGAUUGAUUCCACCCAAAUAUGACGUUCCUAUGUACACAUUUCGUCAGUUUGAUCAUGUAUGAUGCACAUACAGUAUUUUGACAUGAGGAACUAAAUAAAAAAGCAAAGUUUCUGAGUA